AUGGCACACUACGAGCUGCGCAUUGUCGUGCCAAGCAGCUCGCCAGUGCAGGAGUUGUUGGAUGCGCUGCGUGCUGAGCCCGGGCGCGAGGAGCUGCUUCCAAGGGGCCCAGCCCAUGUUACCCUCGGCGAGUUCUGGUGCGGCGAUGAUGAGGCGCCGACCAAGUUGACAGAACUCCGCGCCUUGUGCUCGAGUUUCGCUCCGAUUUCGCUACGGAUAUCUGGACAUGCACGCUCUUGGCGGCGCCGGUCAGCGGUGUACUACCUUCCUGUCGAUCUCUCCACCUCAGGGCAGCGCUUUCUGGCGAGCCUGCGCCAGAGUGGGCUCCUGGACAAGUCAACGGAGAACCUCCACGUCUCGAUGGGGCGGGAGCAAGAACCUCCGAAGGUGGAGGAUUCUGAUGCGCAGUGCGAGUACAUCACGCUGCUGAAGCUGGAUGGAAAACGGACGCGGAACUUCCUGGAGGCAGUGGACAUUCCACUGGGUCCAGGUCAAACUGCGCCCUGA